GGCGUCUGUAGCUGCUAUAGAAUGUGCCUGGCUGCUUCAGCUCACAGACAACUGAUGAAGUCCAACUCUGAAAUCCCAGGCAAUUUGUAUACCAAGCUCCUCCUUUUCUGAAGUCUUCUCUUCCAUUGGUAAAAUUCUCCUGCAGGGUCAUGUAGGGAUCCCACCCCUUCUCUGUGUUUUCACUCUGAAGCUCUACACAACUUUACACCUGAAUGAACGCCAAACCUCAGGGAUAUAUAAAGGGAACCUGGAGGAGGAAUUUCACAGUUACAGUGCAGAAGCAGAGGGAAAGGAAUUAAGCAGCUCUCCAGCCAAGCAAAUCCUCUACUCACCAUGCUUCCUCCUGCCAUUCAUUUCUCUCUCAUUCCCCUCGCUUGCAUCCUAAUGAAAAGCUGUUUGGCUUUUAAAAAUGAUGCCACAGAAAUCCUUUAUUCACAUGUGGUUAAACCUGUUCCAGCAUACCCCAGCAGCAACAGCUCGAUGAAUCAAGCCAGAAAUGGAGGCAGGCACUUCAGUAACGCUGGACUGGAUCGGAACACUCGGGUUCAAGUGGGUUGCCGGGAACUGCGUUCCACCAAGUACAUCUCUGAUGGCCAGUGCACCAGCAUCAGCCCUCUGAAGGAGCUGGUGUGUGCUGGCGAGUGCUUGCCCCUGCCGCUGCUCCCCAACUGGAUCGGAGGAGGCUAUGGAACCAAGUACUGGAGCAGGAGGAGCUCCCAGGAGUGGCGGUGUGUCAACGACAAAACGCGCACCCAGAGAAUCCAGUUGCAAUGCCAAGAUGGCAGCACGCGCACCUACAAAAUCACCGUGGUCACCGCCUGCAAGUGCAAGAGGUACACUCGGCAGCACAACGAGUCCAGCCAUAACUUCGAGAGCAUGUCGCCUGCAGAGCCUGCCCAACAUCACAGAGAGCGGAAGAGAGCCAGCAAGCCCAGCAAGCACAGUAUGAGUUAGAACUCAGACUCUUGAAAUGGACUGACUGGUAACCAUCUGCUUUACAGAUUUGAUUGCUUGGAAGACUCAAGUCUGCCAUUGCUAUUUUCUUACUUGAAAAUAUAUGCUUUCUGCUUUGAUCAAACCCAGCAAGCUGUCCUAAAUAUGAGGACCUUCUUUGGGAAUAGCCUUUCCUUUAUGAGUUUUUCAAAAUGUACAUCUAUCCAUGAGUGCAAUUGGUAUUUAAACUCCAUGCAUCCUGUAGUUUUAAUUCCCUAUGGUUCCUGAAAGACUGGUGAUGCUAUAUACAUACUAUAUAUUGAAUACUUUUUAAACAGAAAGGGGCUUCUCAUUUACCCUUUACUCCCCAACCCAUCCCCCACUCCCAGCAAAGCCCCUCCAAAACUGAGAAGUUUAAAAAAAAAAAUUGUUGCCUUGAAUCUUUACAAAAACUUCAGAACCAUGCUUUUUAAAAAAAAUUUUUGGCAGUCUUUAUGGAAUAGUUCAGCAGCCAUGAGUGAUCUUCCUUUGAAAGAGUGAAAGACCUUGUGACAUUUCACUUCAAAAAUAAGCCCUGUAGCUUUUUACAGUCUCAUAGUAUGAAAUUAUACCCUGCAUGCUGACCCUCGCUUGGAAUGGAAUGCCAGAAAUGCAUGGCAGCAGCUAAUAAGUAAAGUUGAUUAACUAUUUAUUUGUCAAUGUUAUUAUUUAAUGAGCUUUCACAUGUGAUCUUUUUCAACAUGUAAUUUUUUUAUGUUAUGAAGCUUUUUCAUGUACCUAAAUAUUUUCCUGUAUGAUUUGUGAUUGAUCUAGAAAUAUGAUGAAUACAUGUAGAUAUGUAAAAUAAACAUUUUAGUCUUCUUAUUACAUAUAUACUUCAUCAUGAAUUUUAUCAAUAGUACGGAUCUUUUCAAAUCAGUAAGAUGCUUUGUAAAGCUAAAAUAGGAAAUACUUUGUUUAAUCUGUGCAAUCAGAAACCAAUUUGACCUUCAAUUCCAUCAGUUUCUUUUAACAAAAAUAAACACUGCUAAAAGUUA